AUGGCGACUGCCGGCAGCUCGAACGCGACGCUGCUGCUUGUGACGGGGCUCGUUAGCGUCGGAAUGGCCGCCAUCGGCUUCUACUACCUCCAGAUGAGCAGCAAGAAGCCGUCCGCCAAUGAUAGCGAGACUGGCAACAGCGUUGCCACCACUUCCAGCUCGACGAUUAAUACAAACAAGGAGACUGUGGCUGUUACAUCCGUCGUAACACUAAAGCCAACUCCUCCUAGUCCGAAAGAGAGCUCUAAGACGAUAGAGAAGAUUGUCAAGUCGCCGAUUAAGGAAGUGGAGCCUCCCGUCGCUGCGCAAUCCCCGAUAAAUACUGCUUCGAGUCCGAAGUUGGAGGUUGCAGCUAGUCCUACGAAGGAGAUUGCUGUCAGUCCUAAGGAAGAGACUCCGAAGAGCAGUCCGAAAACGGAGGUGGAACCUCCGGCUCUAGAGCUCCCCAAACCAGUCCACGCCAGUCCGAAACAAACCCCGCAGAGCCCUAAAAAGAAUACUGACGAUGAUAAGAAGGAGACGGAUCCAAAGAAGGCUCCUGUCAGCCCGGUUAAGACCCCCAAGAGCCCUAAAAAGGCCCCUAACAGCCCCGUGAAGGCCCCCGAGAGUCCUGUAAAGGCCCCGGAGAGCCCUAAGAAGGCUGUUGAAAGCCCCAAGAAGGAAGCGUCUGAGCCUGCACCUGCAGUGGAUGAUGCUGUUAAGAGGAUGCUGUGCGAGGACUUGAUCAUUAGCCAGGCUAUCACUGAGACUGCGGAUGCCUUCACGGAAGAGUUACUUGAGGAAUCGUUUGAAAAUGUUGCAUUGGAGCAGGAGGAAUACGUCCAAGUGGAGAUGACGCGGUCGAUGACUCUUUCUCCCAGCACACCUGAGCUUAUCAACAUCGAAGACGCAGUAGCGAAGACUGAGGAGCACGAGGUUGCUCACACUUGUGAAGCCACACAAGAUGAAGAGAGCAUCGUCCAGGAGGAACAGGAACAGGACGAGACGUCGUAUGAGCCGACUGAGCCUGCGGCUGCGGCUCUGGCUUCACCGAAGAGCUCUGUCCAGUCUUCGUCGUGGGAGGCAAUCGCCAGUCCGGAGGUCAAGGCCCAAGAGCCCGUAACGUCGCUGUCACUAGACGCGCCGACAGAAGACACCGAGGCUCUGUCCAUUAACGUACCGGUUGAAAACACCGAGGCCUGUUACCAGGACAAGGACGCUUCGUCACCCGUAAGCAGUGGCGGGUCAUCCCCUGGCAGCAACCGCAAUCGCAACCGAUCAAAGAAGUCGAAAAGCAAACGGAAGAAAGCCAAGAAACACCCAAAGUUCAAGGCGUGA